UGUGUGUACAAGAUAUGUGUGCUGUAAAGUUCAUCUCCUGUUCAUCCACAUGUGACCGCAGAACAGUGCUCAGAGGGUGUGGCGAAAGUUGGAUGCUGAAUUUGGUUUCAUUUCGGGUUUGCUGUCAGUUCAAACUUUCUCUCAACUUGUGCAGUCAAGUCACACAUAGAAUAGCUGGAUUGAAUUAUAAACUGCGACCGGAGAUUGGGGAAAAGGAUUUAACUUUUGUUGGUACUGAUCGAGUCCACGAUAAAACAUUUCCCACGGUUGGAAGUCUGAAGUUGAAAGGUAUACCGGUGCAUGUACGUACAUGAUUUUUCUUUGUUUUGUGGAAGCCAGGAAGUAGCUGCCUAAAUGACAAUGGAAGGGUGUGGAGCCAAAUGCAUCAAGUUUCUUCUGUUCAUAAUCAACUUCAUAGUUGCCAUAUGCGGCCUGGGCCUGAUCGCCACCGGCCUGCUGAUCAAGUUUGGGGUGACCGACUGGAUCCCCAUUGAUGAAAUCGCCAACCUGCUCAACAGCGAGUUGCUGCGCAGCGCCACCUACAUCAUCAUUGCGGCCGGCGCCUUCGUGUUCCUCGUGGCAGUCUGCGGCUGUUUUGGGGCACUGUGCGAGAACAAGUGUUUGCUGAUCUUGUACUUCUUGUUGCUGUUCAUCGUGUUCGCCGCUCAGAUUGCCGCAGGCAUUUUGGCCGCUCUGUACACCCGGCAGAUCUCCACCUACCUAGAGACUGAAAGCACUAUGUUCUUGAAGGACGACUACAACAGGACAGGCAAGGAGUUGGCUACAGCUGCCUGGGACUUCAUCCAGACAGAGCUGAUGUGUUGCGGUGUGAAUGGUGAAUCGGAUUACCUUGAGAACACUUAUUUACAGAACAACGGGAAAACUUACCCUCGGAGCUGCUGUGCGAUGAAUGACUGCAUCAGUCCGCGAAAUUCGGGCUGUAAGGGUAGAAUCGAGGGGUUGAUAUCGGACUACGGCACCAUCAUCGGGGCCACCGCGGUAGGAGUUGCGUUCUUCGAGCUGUGCUGUAUGCUUCUCGCCAUCUGCGUCUGCCGGAACGUCGGCGACAUGGACUAGAUGACUUCUCUCGAGAGGUGUUAGAAAAAAACAAACAAACAGCUAGCUUCAUGCGUAGAACGACAGGGCAUCUUGGCACAAACAGGUUGAUAAUGCGUACACAAAUGUUUUGUCGGCUCGUGGGUUUCAGGUAAAAGAAAUCCCGCAUUAUUAGAUGGUUUGCAACCCACCAACAAAUUAGCCAGUGUUUCGGUCUCCACAAAGAACAGACGACUCCCCCGUUUUUCUUUCAUGACCCACAAAAGUAUUAGAAUUUCAAGGAGACAAUUCAUGACAGUCUGUGAAUUCCAUGGAUAAAAAAUAACCAGAUAACUUGUGUAAAAAAAGAAAAUUCAGAAUGUGAAUGUAUGUGUAGAUAAACAGGUAAUUGGUGAGACUAAUAAGAUAUAUUAUACAAAAGAGUGCCUGUCUCAUCUGAACCUCAAGAGGGCGUGCUUCAUGCUUUUUUACCAUCAGGGUCGUGGGAUAUUGGAACAAAAUAGUUUUAUUUUGAGAGAGAAAAAAAAAAACAAGGCGACGUACCUGUACACAUUUUAGUUUUGUAAAUUACUUCAUCCCCCAUUUACACAAUAUAGAAAUAGUAAAAAAAAGACUCUGUAAAUAAUUGUUUCGGAGACUAUAUUAGGGGUAAUAAACUGAAAAAAUAUUUGCUGCCGAGAGUAAACUUUUAGAAUUUCAUGACCUGAACUGGUAGUAUUUUUCCGAUAGCCUAGUACCGUAGUUAGAAUUGCUUUUCCUGUAGCUACGUGUGUCAUAUGGAAAUUGCGACAAAUGGUGCAAAGAUGCUGUUGUAUGUGUAAGCAAAGAUGACAUAUUUGUGCAUUUUAAGAACUGACUAAGUUCAUUUUUUCUAUUCUGUACUGACUUAAUGCAUGUUUUGUGGUACAUUGAGAAGGUAAGCUGUUGAAUAUGAGCCUGGUUUCUGUAAAAAAAAAAGCAAAAUUAUUGUAAAGGCUUGUGGCCUGAUUCAGCCAUUUUCUUGGGGUGGGGAAGGGAUGCCAGAUGUAAAUGGCCCCGUGGCAUGGAUAAAAUCAGUAACUAGUGGCCCGAGAACAUGAAGUCUUGUGAUAGAGCAGAGUUCUUUGAUAUUGAGGUUAUUGUCUAAUGUUGUAGCGGUUGCUGUUUCCUGUCCUGAGGGAGGGCUCAUUACCAUGGUAACGAUGAUGUCAGGACUUGCUGAAACAUUUUGCGUGUUCACAACCACCAACAGAGCACAUCUGUCCGUUUGCCUCCCCAAAGAAAAAAAAAAAACAGCUGAAAAGAAGUCUUUUCUCCUUUCUACCUCUAUUGUGUCUGAAGAAGAGAUCAAAAAAAUGGACUUCGUCUCGACUGAAGAUUUGUUGCCAAGGGAAUACUGUCAUGCAGGGGGCAUUGUUGGGACAGCCGAGGAAUCUGAAAAGAGAGAUUAUGUUUUCCUCAUUCAAAGCUGGGUGUGCCCUGCUCCAUCUAGGCCAAACUGGCCUAAUAGUAGGCUAUUGAAAGGUUUUUUUUAUAGAGCAGGAUGAUUGGUCAUUUGACAAGAAGUUCUCUGUGGGUUGACCAAUAGCAGUGUCCGUUUUACAAAACAUGCAUGACAGUGUUCCUUUUUUUUUUAAAGGGCUCAGGUGAUGUGUUCUGCACAAUGUGCCAUUGUAAAAAAUGUGCUAAGGUAUAUAUUAUGACAGGUGUCCAAAGUGGAGCGUAGAUGUGUGCCAGUCGCGGGUUUUGUCUUUCAAAGUUUCCUCAAAGUGGCCGGUGGAAUUCCCACUAAAUAGUGGGUCGAUGUACAUGGGAUUUUUAGACAGCUUUCCUUGAGUACGGUAGUUCGCCGCUGUUCUUUAGCUAGUGGUGUGUCGUCUGCACAAUGGAAGUCGAUUAAACUGAAAGUUGGAAUUACGCGAAUUCUAUUAAAAUUUGCAGUGUCGGCGGUGGGGGGGGGAAUGAGACUGUAUAUGGAACAAAGGCCUUCUGAUGUUGUAAUAAAUAGGAAAGUGAGCUUGUGAAUUUGCAGAUAGCCUAGGACGCUCUUCCGAGAUGUUUAGGGCAGAUUUGUGUACUACAUUUAAUCAUUCCUGUGUCUGCGUACCAAGUAACAAUUCCAAAUUUUUGAAGUACGAGUCGGUGAUUAAUAUUUCCUAGAUACACAUAGGUGUGAGUAAACUGAUUAUGGUUAUGGUCGCAUAAUCAGAGUGGAAUCUGCUUUUUGAAUCUGCAUAAUGUUUUGAAGCAUACAUAUUGAUUAGCUUUUGAGGCUUUGAAUAUUCAUUGGUUGAGUGAUUGGAAUAAUUGUGUUUUUAAGAGGCAUUUUUUCUUUCUUUCAGUAAAUCUUGAAGCUUAUGAUUUUCUUUUUAAGUGUCACCACAUUUUAGCAACAUGCCGUUUAGAGGAUGGGAGAAGUUGGUCAUCCCUCUUCAAGUGUUGAUGUGGAAGAGUCUAGUCUCCCCUUUCAUGUACUGGGACGAUCCAUUUCCCAGAGAGGGGGAUAACGGUUGUUAAACAAUCAAAGAGAAUCAGUGAACAGAGGGUUUUCGUGCAUUAUUUUUCUAAUUCUUUGAGUUUUGCAACUUCGUUGACAUUUAUCUGUUUCUAGCAUGCAAAUUUGAACAGAGUGAAUGCUUUAUGUAAUUAAAUUGAAGGCAAAUUUAAAUUGAAUUUAAAAAAAAGAUGCGCAAAUGUCUGAAAAUGAUAGUACUUAGUACGUACUCUUCUCUUGUACCCAUAUUAGAGAUUUUGUAUUUAAUCACACAUUACCCAAAUAGUAGUUGCUAGUCUUGAAUUUUUUUUAACGGCGUUUAGAAAUAAUUGCAUGAAUUCUUAAAAAGGAUUUUGUAUGUAUAUACUAGAACGAUUGUAUCGUGUGUGUGUGUGUUGUGUGUGGUGGUGUCCUCCGUUUUGCAGAAUGAAUCCAACGGCAAGAGGAAACUAUUUAAAACUCUAUUUUGUACUUUUUACAUGUGGAGGCUGUAUCCUGGGGGAAAGAAAAACAAAGAACCAAAAAAAAUGUCCUACUUAACGGUGGUGUUCAGUAGCUUCUUUGUUUAAGAGACGAUUUGGGGUUGAUGGGAGUAUUUCAAUAUGAGGCAUCGGUUUGUACUUUGGAGCUUACAAUCCACGUCAAGUCUGGUACUGGAUCACAUCUUGAGAUACCGUUCGCUUCAGGUCGCCCUGACGGGUGCUACAGAAAACCUGGAAAUGCGUCCAGUUUGGAACUGCUUAUGCCCACGUGCUGUAUAAAGCAAAAGAAUCUUAUUGGCUAACCCACUGAUGGUCAGGGACCAAGCCCAGGAGAUAAUAUCAUUGUAUGCACACUCUGCAUGCGAGUAUACACCUAUAUCAUGAGGCUGCCAUGUUUGUCUUGUCCCCUAUAGACCUAUUGGCAGUAGUGAUACAACUUUACAUAUUGAUGAAAAGGGAACAGACUAUUUUCCCUUCCAGCCUCAUCUUGGUUGCGUUGGUUUGAAUGGUAGAAAAGCAAGAUGGCUGCCCAGUGAUAGAGGUCUAUGUCCUUAUGUUAACAUUAUGUUGAUGUGUACUCUUUUAAGACUGAAUCCACCUUGCCUUCAGUUUGCACAUGGUCGCAGUUCUUCAGACAUGGCUGCCGUGAUAGACAGGCACCCUUCAAGUUUAGCUAUGCACCACAGUUCUUGAGUCAGGUGGCUGUAGUGUUGUUACAUGGCAAAUGCUUGAAAUGCCUAUGGAAGCCAAGGGCUUGUGGCUAUGGCUAUUGGCCAUAGACAUGCAUGUUUUUGCUGGCUGCAGCCAGGUGCAUUGUAAAUCAAACAUGGCUUAACAUGGCAGAGUUCAAACAGAUCAAAGACUGCUUUACCUCAAGUGGCAUGCAUAACAUACGUGUACGUUGAUCAUUCGUGGGCCCAGUACUACCCAGUCAAUUUUUGUGUGAAGGUACUUUAGACAGAGAACUCUUUAUUCCUUAUACGAGGUCCCUGGUGUUGUGGUGUUAAUGGUGCUUUGUACUAUAACUAAGAAAUGGGUCUUUAGUAACGCCUACUGACAACCUUGUGUUUCAUGUAUCGAAGGCCCUCAGUUACGUGCUAGUGAGGACCUUACUAAUCCAAUAUCUGUACUAUCACGGAUCAUGUCUUUUCAUUCCAUCUGAACUUCACCCUGUCUGUAUUCACAGUAGGCUUCUUCUUAAGGGAUAUGAACUUUUUGUAAUCCUUUUAUAGGCGUGGUAAUAAGGAGUGAUGCUCAGCAACACUGACCAAUCAGAAGAGAUGUAUCAUGGGAAAGACAUUACACUUUGAUUGGUCAGUUUGGUUGGAAAAGCAGUUGUGUACCAACAUGUACUACAUGAAAGAAGUAAAAUGGAGACUCAUCAAGAAGCAAACUGAAGUUUCUUUCCUCUUUGAAAUAUACCCAGAAAUGUUGCAUGAAAUAACCGAAAGUCGAGAUUGUUCACAGUUUUUGUCUUUGUCAACAUAAUACAGGGUCCUGUGUUGCUCUCGGUGAUGCUUUUUAUAUACUGUAAAAAGUGUUAUUUUAUAUUUUGUUUAUUCAUUUUAAUUCCCUGUAAAAUGUUUGCUGUUUUAUUUUUACAGUAGCUGAAGUAUAUUUUUUUGGCUUUAAGGUUGAUGACCCAGUAGGUUUCUUUUCGUUACUGUAACAGUCUUUAAUCUUUCACCUGGUCGGAGGAAUGAGAGCUGUUACGGGUUGAAAUACAGUAUUGCAGCGCAUAGGGAGGUGACAGUAAAGUUGCAAGGUUCGAUGUAACUUGCAUUUAAAGUGGCCCUCUUUUAAGUUUUACCCCCUCAGAAAGCGAACAUUCUGUUGGCCUUUUUUGGUUGCCUUGGAACAAGAAGCCACAAAAUUUUAAGAAGGCUCCUAGUUGGCCUAGCAUUCCCAUAUCCAAAUUCAUCAGAAUGAUACAAAGUAGGCCCUGUGACUUUGUGGAAGUUGAAGUGUUCAUGAAAAUCAGCCUGUGUCACAUUUCAUGACAAUUUUUUUUCAGGUGCAUGAAUUCUGAGCUGGAAUUUCAAAAUUUUUAAGUGUCUAGUUUCAAAGUACUGUUCUGAAAUUGUCCUCUGGCCUUUAAAGAAAAAACAGUGGAAGUAGGUUUUGAAAAGAAUUUAGAUAAUGGCACUUGAGUCUUACACUAUUCAGAAAUAAGUGCCCACUGAAUUAAUUUGGAAACAAUGGAUGGUAAACAGUUUCAAGAAUGUUUUUUCCUAGCUGUUAUUUCAAGAAUGUUUUUUCCUAGCUGUUAUUUCAAGAAUGUUUUUUCCUAGCUGUUAUUUCAAGAAUGUUUUUUCCUAGCUGUUAUUUCAAGAAUGUUUUUUCCUAGCUGUUGUUUCAAGAAUGUUUUUCCCUAGCUGUUAAGUUGGGUAGUAAAAUAAAGUACAAGUCUGUGACUUAAUUUAAUGGAUCCACUUUUCAUUGACUAAUAAACGUACAAAAAACCCUGGUACUAUAAAUAUGGACGGAAAUGCUUUACGAUUGUAACAUUGUGUACAUGUGCUGACCAGUUUCCAGUAACUUCUGUCAUUACGCUUAAAUAGUAAUACUCUAUGUUUGGUGUAUUCAGUAAAGAAAGGUGAAUCAAAUAAACGUGUAAAAAUGUAGGAAACUGUGAAA